AUGUAUUUACAAAACCUUAACACCCUUUUUCAACUUUUAAACGAAUCUAGAAGUGUCACUUCCUUAUACAACCAAAAACACUUCACUACGAACUUGUUGGUAAAGAAUUUACCACGCUGGACUACAAAUAAGACAAACGCGCGUACGCAUACCCUGUAUCGUUGGAUGGUUGAGUUUAAACCGCGAAUGACCCUUCGUCGAAAUCAAGGUUUGCUGCCUUCUUCCUUUUAUUCCAUUUGUUGUAACGCUCCAGUGCCCAAUAUAUAUGAUAGGAAAUGUUGUUUGCACAAGAUUAGUUAUUACUGGGCUCAAACCAAGAAGCUGUCUUACAUAUUGCACGACAAACCAAAAUGUCUGGUUAAACUUUUACAUGAUGUGUAUUUUGACGGAUUUUGCGGCGAAAAAGGUCAACUAUACUCGAAUAUCUGCCGCAACAUAUCACAUUAUGAUACGCCGCCUAUAUUGCAUGUAACUUCAAUUGAUUUGAUGUCAAAUGAUGCAGCUGAUCAGAAUGUGCUGAUCAAGAAUCUCAAUUCUUGGCAAGAUCAACAUGCUGAAGUUGUUGAUGGGUUGGGCUCUCUGUUGGGUAAACAAAAAGUUGAUGCAAUAUUUUGUGUGGCUGGAGGAUGGGCAGGUGGAAAUGCAGCAAGUCAAAAUUAUGUGAAAAACUGCGAUAUGAUGUGGAAACAAAGUGUGUGGAGCUCAACCAUUGCUGGAAAUUUGGCUUCCAAGUUUUUAAAGCAAGGAGGGCUGUUGACUUUAACUGGAGCAGCUCCUGCUUUAGAAGGAACUUCAGGAAUGAUUGGCUAUGGGUUGGCCAAAGCAGCAGUACAUCAACUAUGCAAGAGUUUGUCUGACUCAAGCAGUGGAUUGCCCGUCAACUCAUCUGUACUAUGCAUAGCACCGGUUACUCUGGAUACUCCUAUGAACAGAAAGAACAUGCCAAAUGCAGAUUUCUCUUCAUGGACACCACUAGAAUAUAUAUCUGAAACAUUCUUGGUUUGGGCAAAGGGAGAAAAGAGGCCAGCAUCUGGCAGCUUGUUGAAAGUAGAAACUGCAAGUGGUGCAACUACUGCUACUCCAGUGUAGUUCUUACAAUUGCCUUUGGGAUUGGCUUAUAAACGGCUGCUAAUUUAGCAUUUCAUAAUUUACACAGAAAUCAUUUUACAAAUAACGACUACGGUUGAAAAACCAUUUACUACGGACCAACUUUAUUGUGUUUGUUGAAUCUUGUUUAACUAAUACUUUUCACUGCUGCUCCUUACUAAAACGCAAUUAAAUUGUAGUUACUGUGAAAUGAUUAAUUAAAAUUUUAGUUUGUUAACACAAAUACCGUAUUAUUUGCACGCAGUACUCGGUUUCGCGGCAAUAAACGACACGGCUAUUCUGCCAU